CUACCUUAGUUGUCCUUUUCCUAUUUUAAUAAAUAAAAAUCACAUUAGAAUUUUGCAUACUAUAUACUAUCUUAGUGUCAUUUGACUCAUUUUUCUUAUAUGCAUUGGCUCUCUCUUCUUUGUCAUCCCCACUCAAUUCUUCUUUUUCUUUUCCCUUCACAUAGCCAAAGAGAUUAAAGAAGAAAUCCUUGUAAUAAUCUCCUUUCAAUAUCAUCCAAAACAACACAAAAACACAAAACACACAAACAAUGUUUUCCUACAAAAUGACUGAAAUGUGGACAACAAUGGGAUCAACCUUAGCAAGUUUCAUGUUCAUUUGGGCUAUCAUAAGACAAUAUUGUCCAUACCAACUUCUACGUUUCUUUGAAAAAUACAGUCACAGAAUCAUGGACUACUUCUAUCCUUACAUAAGAAUUUCAUUCCAUGAAUUCUUAGGUGACAGACUCAAAAGAAGUGAUGCUUAUGGAGCUGUUGAAGCUUAUCUCAGUGCUAACACUUCAAAGAGUGCAAAGAGACUCAAAGCCGAGAUUGGAAAAGAUAGCACCAACUUGGUUUUAACCAUGGAUGAAUAUGAAAGAGUAACUGAUGAUUAUAAAGGUGUCAAGGUUUAUUGGGUUUGUAGCAAAGUUAUGUCACAAUCAAGAUCCAUGCCUUAUUAUCAAGAACAAGAGAAGAGAUUCUACAAACUCACUUUUCAUAAAAAGUAUAGAGAUACAAUAACUGGUUCAUAUUUGGAUCAUGUGAUGAAAGAAGGGAAAGAGAUUCGUUUGAGGAACAGACAGAGGAAAUUGUAUACAAACAGUCCUGGUUACAAAUGGCCUAGCUAUAAGCAAACUAUGUGGAGUCACAUUGUUUUUGAACAUCCUGCAACUUUUGAAACAAUGGCUAUGGAACCUCAGAAGAAGAAAGAGAUUAUUGAAGAUUUGGUUACUUUUAGUAAAAGUAAGGAUUUUUAUGCUAGGAUUGGUAAAGCUUGGAAAAGGGGUUAUUUACUUUUUGGUCCUCCAGGUACUGGUAAAUCAACAAUGAUUGCUGCUAUGGCUAAUUUGUUGGGUUAUGAUGUUUAUGAUUUAGAGUUAACAGCAGUGAAGGAUAAUACUGAGUUGAGGAAGCUUUUGAUUGAGACUACAAGUAAGUCAAUUAUUGUUAUUGAAGACAUUGAUUGUUCACUUGAUCUUACAGGUCAAAGGAAGAAAAAAGGUGAAAGUAAGUUUUUUUCUGAUGAUGAGAAUGAAAAUAAGGCUAAUUUUGAUGCUGUGAGGAAGGAGGUGAAGGAAGAAGGAAGUGGUAGUGGUAGUGGGGGUGGGAAUAGCAAAGUGACACUUUCAGGGCUAUUGAAUUUCAUUGAUGGUAUAUGGUCAGCUUGUGGAGGUGAAAGGUUAAUUGUUUUCACAACAAAUUAUGUGGAGAAGCUUGAUCCUGCACUUAUAAGGAGGGGUAGAAUGGACAAACAUAUUGAACUUUCUUAUUGUAGUUUUAAUGGUUUUAAAGUGCUUGCUAAUAAUUACUUAAGGGUUGAGAAUCAUGCAUUGUUUGAGAGUAUUGAGAGGCUAAUUGGUGAAGUGAAGAUUACACCUGCUGAUGUUGCUGAGAAUCUUAUGCCUAAGUCUCCAAUGGAUGAUGCUGAUAAGUGUCUUUCAAAUUUGAUUGAAGCUCUUUCUGAUAAAAAAGCUGAGGAGGUAAAAAAGAGUAGUGGUUUAAUUAAUGAACAAGAUGAGGAAGUGGAACAUUUUAGUCCUAUUAAGGAAAAUGGUGAGGUUGUUGGUGAUGAGAAAGAAGAUGAUCAAGCAAUGAAGCAAAUUCAGAGGUAGCAAAUUUGUGUCAUGAUUUUGUAUGGAGGAAAUUAUGACAUAGUUAAGGGCAAAAUAUUAGGCACAUUUCUUAUCAUUGUAAGUAGUAUAGUAUGUUUUAGCAUAUAAAAUUUCUGAUUUCCUACUAUUUAUGAGACUAAUUUUGAACUUUAUUGUUAA